CGAAAGCAACAUCGCACUUCCUACCAUCGUUUAUAGCCUUGAGCUUCACCAUGGGCCGCCUACGUCGCUCCCGUACACACAAAGCCCAACGAGACGUACACCGCGCCUCACGCACCCGGGCACGCACAAAAGACCUAGACCAAAUCCAAGCUGACCUCUUGCCCGCCCGACGAGCCCUGCUCGAAGCACAACCUAUUGAUCCGGACCUCCCCGGCCUGGGGCAGCAUUAUUGUGUUGAGUGUGCGAGGUAUUUCGAGAGCGACGCUGCACUGAAAGUGCAUUGGAGGGGCAAGCUGCAUAAGAGGAGGUGUACGAGGUUGAGGGAGCCAGCAUAUACAAUAGAAGAGGCGGAGAGGGCGGCAGGUCUGGGGAGGGAGACGAGGACGAGGAAGCCCGAAGUAGCGAUGGAGCAGGAUGCAUAGGUCGGUCAUGCACUUUUUCACCUUGUUACAUUUCUCAUAAUAUGCAUAUGCACAGAGCUGCUGUCGUCUUCAGACACUUAUUUCUCUCUCUGUUAGACUCAUAUGUACAAUA